UUGCUGCAUACCAGCAGGGAUAUUCUACAACAUAUAUCAUACAACAUACAACAUUAUAUAGUCUCCCAGUAUCAUAUAGAUACCAGGAAGUGAAGUAAACGCUGUCAACAUCCCAGACUGUACAAGCAGAUUGUCUACUCCUCUUCAGAUUUACCACAAGAAUGGCGGCUUCAGACAUUCAAUCAACGGGUUUUGUUGACAACUGGCAAACUGGGAAGACCCUUGCUGAAUGUAAUCUGCGCAUGUUCGAGGCGGAAGAUUCGUGUGACGUCACUUUCAGAGUGGGAAGUUCGGGUCACGUGAUCAAGGCCCACCGCUACGUCCUCAUCAGCAGAAGUUGUGUGUUCCACGCCAUGUUUACUGGCGACCUGGCGGAGAAAUCCGAUGUCAGUGUUCCGGAAAUGGAACCCAACGAUUUCAAACAGUUUCUAUUAUACCUUUACACGGACAACACAACUGUUGAUGCUGACAACGUAACAGCUCUACUGUACGCCUCCAGGAAAUAUGACAUCACCUCCUUGGAAUCUCAAUGUACGGAGUUCCUGGAAGAAAACCUCAACGUUGACAAUGCCUGUGUGAUUUUAGAAUCUGCCCAUCGUUUUGAUGAAAGCCAGUUGUUCCAGAGGGCCUUUGGUCUCCAUACAAAAUACAGCUGAGGGGUCACUACAGUCCUCUGGUUUCCUGGCACUGAGCCAAGUGUUGGUGGAUCAGAUCGUGGAGUCAGAUGAUAUGAUAGUGGAGGAACAUGUAGUCUUUAAUGCUGUCAACAGCUGGGCAGAGGCAGAGUGUGAACGCCAGGGAAGGGAGGUAACUCCCGAAGCCAAACGAACAAUACUUGGAGAUACUUUCCUGAAAAUUAGAUUUCCUCUUAUUAAUCAAACGUUCCUGUCCAAGGACGUUAAAUCCAGUGGUCUUUUGACUGAGCCGGAGCGUCUCAGGAUCCUGGAGUAUAUAGGGUGCCCUGACAAUGAUGUGAAACCCUUUAACACCAAGCAAAGAAAGCAAAAUAUUCCGCAUUCUACAACACACUCCAUAACAAGGUUUAAAACCGAAAACAGAAUUGGGUGGAAAACAAGUGGGCACAGGAAAGACGCAAUUUCCUUCCAAAGCAACCAAAACUUGAUACUCUGUGGAUACAGACUGUAUGGCCCUGAAAGGAGGCACGAAACAACUACCUACUAUAUCACCACCUACUUUGGAAACGAGGAAAAUGUUCUCCAGAACAUGAUUCAGGAUAGGGUCCAGUACACAGUCAACAGUAAAGAGUUUGAUGUGGUGUUUGAGGAGCCUGUCGACAUGACAGCGGGAAAGUGGUACACUCUGGUAGUUCUGAUAGACGGCAUGAGAACGUUAGGGGGACAACAUGGAAAGAAAGAGUUGUCAUGUCCUGACGGUGUUAGUUAUACCUUCAGAAACUCCACACACAGUGAGAAUAACACCAGCGUCAGUAGAGGACAGAUUCCAUCUCUCCUAUAUCGUACUGCAUGAACAUUAGCACUCAUGGAACAGCUAGUUAUAGAUAUUUAUUUACAGGAGUUAUCAAAAUAUUUGAAAGUUUGUUUCGUAUAUAGGUUACAUUCUUUACAACCUAUUUAAUGUUGCCGCUUUCUAAAUAGAGUGUACGCUGGAGUUUUCUCCAUUACACCCAGCACUUUUGGGAUCUGAUGAAGCUUUUAUUAUUACAAUUAGAUAUUAUGUGGGAAAAAUAUAAUGGUACCAAUGAAAUCAGGUCGCUCGAGCCGCUUCUCACUUUAAAACAUUCAGCUAGAAAGGUGUUUAAUGUUUCUGCAGAAAAGUAAAACGAUUAGAAAGUACUAAUGCAAGUUAAGUGCUUCUGCAGAUAAGGUUGAUGUGAGCCAAGUUAAGGUCACUGUGAACAUAAGGUCGGGAAAAUAUGAAGGAACUUUUGGUGCAAAGUACAUUGAGAAAUGGCCUUAUAAGAAUGAGUAGAUCAGCGAUGUAGUGAUUUCAUUUUAGACAUGUCAUGGUCAAGCUAGGAGUGAGAAAUAGGCCUGAAUAUAUGUUGUUUGAUGUAAAUACUCUUUAAUUGCUCGUUCACCUCAGGUUUGGUAUUUCAUAUUUUUCCAGACCUAGCGUGGUCAUUUAGUAUGAUUUGAAUUAAAAUAUUCAUCAAAUCGUUA